UUGAGCCAUGAUGGCGGCGCCUAUAGAGAGUCUCCUGAAUGAGAUCUGUGAAUCAGAAGAUCCGAUCGAGGAGCUCAAGAGCCUCCGGACGGCCGUUUUAGCGACUCCCGUGAGCGGUUUGAGGCCGGCGGUGUCUGGAGCCCGACUGGAGAUCAUAUUCAGCCUUUUAAACACUAAUGACAAAGAGCAGAUUGAGGUGUGUGUGGAGAUCCUGAGUCGAGUCCUGCAGGCUUUAGAACCGGUUCAGCUUGCACAGAACUACAGGACGGCGCUCCAGAGCGGACUUAACCAUCCUGAUGACUCUGUCAAAGUACUCACGCUCACACAGAUUGGCCGUGUGGCUGGUCAUGUUGAGGGAGUGACGCAGAUGCUGAACAAUGUAGAAAUCCUGCAUGAUGUGAUUCAGUGCAUCAGUGUUGAGCGCAUCGCUGUGGCAAAAGAGGCAAUUGCUGCACUUAGUAAGCUCAGCAGCACGAAGGCGGGGCUCGAUGCUUUGUUCCGCUCUGAUUUGCUGAACAAGCUGAAGGAUGUGAUGCUUACCAGUGACAUCAUCAGAUACAGAGUCUAUGAGUUGAUAGUGGAGGUGUCCACAGUUUCUCCAGUGUCUCUGGGCUACUGCGCCAACAGCGGCUUGAUCUCACAGAUGCUGGAGGAGCUGACUGGAGACGAUGUGUUGGUCAGAGCAACUGCUAUAGAGAUGGUGACCAAUCUGGCCCAGAGCCAACAUGGCCGUCAGUAUCUGGCACAGCAAGGCAUUAUGGAUAAAAUCUCCAACAUGAUCAUUGCUGCUGAAUCAGACCCCUUCUCAAGUCUUUAUCUGCCAGGCCUGGUGAAGUUUUUUGGCAGUUUGGCUAUCAUGGACAGCCCUCAGCAGGUGUGUGAGAAGUAUCCAGUGUUUCUUGAGGUGGUUUUCUCCAUGGUGAUGAACCUUGACCCCACACUGACUCCUGUUGCCCUGGAUACGCUCGGGGUGCUGGGUGGUACGGUGGAGGGCAAACAGGUCCUGCAGAAAACAGGUGAGAAGUUUGUGUCGGUGUUGAAGAGGAUGAGUAAAGCAGCGUCUGACGGAGCCACUGAACUGAGAGUCCGCUGUCUGGAGGCUCUAGCUCAGCUGUUCACGCUGCCUGUGGAGCAGCAGACAGAUGACCUGUUACUGACCUGUGAGUCCUGGUUUAACUGUCUGAGCUCUCAGCCUAUGGUGAUGAUGAGGAACAUCAGUACACAACCCUUCCCAGAACUCCACUGCAGCGCACUCAGAAUAUUCACUGCCAUUGGUUGUCAGCCGUGGGCUCAGCAGCUGAUGAUGGACACUCCAGGCUUUGUGGAGUGGGUGAUGGAUCGCUCCGUCGGCUCUGGAAAAGAAGCGAAGGAUUGUAAGUUUGAGCUGGUUUCUGCGCUCCUGAGCUCCUCCAGUGUACAGAAGAUCUUUGGAGCACACAAUUACUUAAAGCUGAAGACGUACCUGAACGAGGGCCCGUAUUAUGUCACCGCUGUGUCUUCAGUCACAACAGAAGGGGCCGACUGAGACGAACACAUAUUUAUACUUCCAUAGUUCCAGCAUCUUGUCUCAGUUUCUAUAUCCACAAGUGACCAAAAGCUUUUCAAACGGCUAAUAGUGGAAGUUUGAGUUUCCAGCACUUGAUAAACACAGUGUUUGUUUGUACUUGCAGAUUUUGAUGUUUAAUUUGGUUGUUUGUAUCUUGUUGUGCCAUUAAAAUGAACAAUGGAGUGG